AUGUGGUUGGGAGGUGGGGGUGAGGUAUUGUUGAGGGGGGUAAAAUGGUUGGGUAGUGUUUGGGGUUGGUUGGGAAGGGGGUGGGUGUGGGGGGUAGGGUGGGUGGUUGGGUGUUGUUGUGUGAGUGUUGGGGGGGGUUUUGUGUGUGGGGGGUGGGUGGGGGUGGAGGGGUUGGUGGUUUUUUGGGUGGGUUGUGGGUGGUGGUUGUGGGGUGGUGUGGGUGGGGGUGGGUGGGGGUGUGGGGGGUUGUGGGUUGUGUGGUGGGGGUGGGGUUGGGGUGGGGGUGGUGUGGGGGUUGGUGGGGUGGUGUGGGUGGUGGGUUGGGGGGGGUGUUGGGUGUUGGGGGGGUGGGGUUGUGGGGUGUUGGGGUUGUGUGGGGGGGGUUGUGUGGGUGGGUGUUUGUGUUGGUGGGUUGUGGUGGGUGGGGUGUUGGUGGGGUGUGGGGGGUGUGGGGGGGUUGUUGGGGUGUGUGGGUGUGUGGUGGGGGGUGUGUGGUGGGUGUGGGUUGGUUGGGGUGGGGGUGGGGUGGGUGGGUUGGGGUGGUUGGUGUGGGGGGUGUGGGGUGGGGGGUGGGGGGUGGGGGGUGUUGUGUUGGUGGGUGGGUGGGGGGUGGUGGGGUGUUGUGGGUGGGGUGUGGGUGUGGGGGGGUGUUGGGUUGGUUGGUGGUUGGUGGGUGGUGGGGUGGUGGUUGUGUGGGUGGUUGUGUGUGGGGGGGUGGGGUGGGUGUUUGGGGGGGGUUGGUGUGGGUUGGGUUGUGGGGGUGUUGUGGUGUUUGUGGUUGGUGUUUGGGGUGUGUGGGGGUGUGGUGGGUUUUGGUUGGUUGUGUGGGUGGUGUGGGGGGGGGGUGGGUGUGGGGGUGGGUGUUUGUUGGGUGGUGUUGUGGUUGGUGGUGUGGUUGGUGGUGGGGGGGUGGUUGUGGUAGUGUGGGGUGGUGGUUGGGGUUGUGGGGGUGGGGGGUGUUGUGUGGUUGUGGGGUGGUUGUGUUGUUGUGGGGGUUGGUGUGGUUGGGUGUUUGUGGGUGUUUGGGGUGGUUGGUGUGUUGGUUUGGGGGGUGGUGUGUGUGUGGUUGGGUUUUGUGUGUUUGUGUUGGGAUGGUGUUGA